AUGGAGUUACCCUCCAAGCCCAAAACCAGCAGACCAGCGGCGCCCGCGUCUGCCACACCCGCAGAAAACCUCGUCCUCUCAAAUGUCACUACGCGAAAUACCUCAGCAGUCAUGAUCGAUCGCAUCAAGCAGCAGUUGCCAGAAAGACCUCUCCCCACAGCACCUCGCGCAAUGAGGGUACCCGCAAUACCUCGCAUUCAAGUUGGCACCGAUGUUCUCGAUUUUAUGUCGUUUCCUGAGAAUCAUGCCUUAAUUACAGACCAUCUUCGACAAGUCGGUAGACUUCUGCCACAGGUUAAAAGCGAACAUGCAGGAGUUCCAAUGUGGGACAAGUUUGUCUUACACGAAGCUUUGAAAGUUGUCAAUGCGACAUGCCCAAGUGAUCUUCGGCGAAGUGCUCUAAAGAGAUCCCGGGGUGUUACGGCAAAAUGCCACUUGUUGGCCUCCAUCAUACCUGCUCGAUACUUUCCAGAGUUGGGGACCGUUGUGGAUCGGUUUUUCGCUGGUCUGAUCAGCUUCUUAGGGAGGGAAUAUCGGUUCACGGGUCAGCAUGCUGUAGGCAUAGGCCCGCAACAAGAGUCCUCUGCUGCCAUUCCUACUCCGACAAGCAAUGCAGCUCGAAAAUGGAUGAGAUCCGAUGAAUCUAACUCUCAAUCAAGGCGAAGAAAGCCUCGCUUAGGGCCAGAAGUCUCGCCCAACACGUCCAUGCCAUUAUUAUCCGAUGUUUUCAAGCAAGAAGCCACCACCACCGAACAUAAUCCUCAGACACCCUCGAUGAACAAAAGAGAGAGAAGGGCAGAAAUAUCAUCGGAGAAUGUUGUUCAGGCGUCAAGAAAGCGAAAGAGCUUGGAUGGCGAAACGCCGAUUGGAGGUUACAAGGAAGAAACAGCCAGCACAGAAGACCCUUCACCAUCGAAGAAGAAGAAAAAGAACAAGGUUGACAGAAGAGCCAUCGAACCAUCUCCGUUGUCGCCAGAUGCUGCACUACCGUUGCGCGGCCCUCGCAUGAUAAUCAAGCUGGAGGACUCGUCCGACGAAGGACCCGAAACUGCGCCUCGUCCGCGCAAGAAGCGCCUCAAUGUAUACGAGACUAUGUACCACAAAGCUCAAGAGGAUAUUCGGUUCUUUGAGAGAUUUCUUUGGCACGGCGCGGGCAUCUCCAAGACCGAUAUCAAUGCGAGCAAGACCCGCGUGGCCAUGGGACAGACGCACAAACAGGCAUUCGAUCGGGUCUACAAGCCUCCGGGAAAGAAAUUGGAGAGCCGUCCUAGGCAGCCCGGGCAGCAAUAA